CCGCCGCCGGCCGGGGGGCUGCGGCCGCCGCCGCUGCCAUGGGGCUGCCCACGCUGGAGUUCAGUGACUCCUACUUGGACAGCCCGGAUUUCAGGGAGCGCCUCAAGUGUCACGAGAUCGAGCUGGAGAGGACGAACAAGUUCAUCAAGGAGCUGAUUAAGGACGGAAGCCUCCUCAUCGGGGCCCUGCGAAAUUUAUCCAUGGCAGUACAAAAGUUUUCACAGUCUUUACAAGAUUUUCAGUUUGAGUGUAUUGGAGAUGCUGAAACUGAUGAUGAAAUUAAUAUUGCCCAGUCAUUGAAGGAGUUUGCUCGGCUCCUGAUUGCUGUUGAAGAGGAGAGAAGACGACUGAUCCAGAAUGCUAAUGAUGUGUUAAUAGCACCACUGGAGAAGUUUCGAAAAGAGCAAAUAGGAGCAGCAAAAGAUGGGAAGAAGAAGUUUGACAAGGAAAGUGAGAAAUAUUAUUCCAUCUUAGAGAAGCACUUAAAUUUGUCAGCCAAGAAGAAAGAAUCUCAUUUGCAAGAUGCAGAUACACAGAUUGACAGAGAACAUCAGAACUUUUAUGAAGCAUCAUUAGAAUAUGUUUUUAAAAUCCAAGAAGUACAAGAGAAAAAGAAAUUUGAAUUUGUAGAACCUCUCUUGGCCUUUCUUCAAGGAUUAUUUACAUUUUACCAUGAAGGAUAUGAACUGGCUCAGGAGUUUGCGCCAUACAAGCAGCAACUGCAGUUCAAUUUGCAGAAUACUCGGAAUAACUUUGAAAGCACUAGGCAGGAAGUGGAGAGACUCAUGCAAAGAAUGAAAUCAGCCAACCAAGAUUACAGACCACCAAGUCAAUGGACAAUGGAAGGCUAUCUCUAUGUGCAGGAGAAACGACCCCUUGGAUUUACAUGGGUAAAACAUUACUGCACUUAUGACAAAGGAACAAAAACUUUUACAAUGAGUAUAGCUGAAACAAAAUCUGGUGGAAAAGUGAAUGGCCUUGUCACAAGCUCACCAGAAAUGUUCAAGCUAAAAUCUUGCAUCAGGAGAAAGACAGAUUCAAUUGACAAACGUUUCUGUUUCGAUAUUGAAGUAUUUGAGAGACCUGGGAUCAUCACACUGCAAGCUUUUUCAGAAUCCAACCGGAAACUUUGGCUUGAAGCUAUGGAUGGAAAGGAACCAAUCUACACAUUGCCAGCCAUUAUUAGCAAGAAGGAAGAAAUGUUCUUAAAUGAAGCAGGUUUCAACUUCGUGAAGAAAUGUAUUCAUGCUGUAGAAACAAGAGGUAUUACAAUCCUAGGGCUGUACAGAAUAGGUGGUGUAAAUUCCAAGGUGCAAAAGCUGAUGAAUACCAUAUUUUCCCCUAAAUCACCUCCUGAUAUGGAUAUUGAUAUGGUUUGGGACAAUAAAACAAUAACAAGUGGACUAAAAAACUACCUCAGGUGUCUUUCAGAGCCACUGAUGACUUUCAAGCUGCACAAAGAUUUCAUUGUUGCUGUUAAGUCAGAUGAUCAGAACUACAGAGUUGAGGCAGUGCAUGCACUUGUGCAUAAAUUACCAGAGAAGAACAGAGAGAUGCUGGACAUCCUUAUUAAGCACUUGGUCAAGGUAUCACUGCACAGUCAACAAAAUCUAAUGACUGUAUCCAAUCUUGGUGUUAUCUUUGGACCAACACUGAUGAGAGCACAAGAAGAAACCGUGGCUGCUAUGAUGAACAUAAAGUUUCAGAAUAUCGUCGUUGAAAUUCUGAUAGAGCAUUAUGAAAAGGUAGAAAGAAAUUACCUGUUUUAUAUUCAUACUGCACCAGACCCCAAUAUUCCUCUUCCCCAGCCUCAGUCCCGAUCAAGUUCAAGAAGAACAAGAGCAAUUUGUCUCUCCACAGGUUCACGUAAACCCAAGGGGAGGUACACACCAUGUCUAGCAGAUCCUGACAGUGACUCAUACAGCAGUAGCCCUGACAGCACUCCCAUGGGCAGCAUUGAGUCUCUGUCUUCUCACUCCUCUGAGCAGAACAGCACCACCAAGUGCACGCCCUCACAGCCAAGGGAGAAAUCGGGAGGGAUUCCAUGGAUCGCCUCUCCCGCUUCUUCUAAUGGCCAGAAAAGUUCAGGCCUGUGGACUACAAGUCCAGAAUCCUCAUCAAAGGAGGAUACAACCAAAACAGAUGUGGAAUCAGACUGCCAAAGUGUAGCUUCUGUCACUGGACCAGAAAAUGCCUCUCCACCAACAGACCUGACCAAAAGUUCCUACAGUCUGUCUGGGAUGAAAAGGUCAUCAGCAUCUUCCCUUAGGUCAAUUCCAUCCGCUGAAGGUAACAAAAGCUGCAGUGGGUCUAUACAGAGCUUAUCUUCAACAGAUACCAAAGAUACACCAAAGGCUCCACCAAACCCUGAUUUGCCUCCCAAAAUGUGUAGGAGAUUAAGAUUAGAUACUGCAUCGAGUAAUGGCUAUCAAAGACCGGGAUCUGUAGUGGCUGCAAGAGCACAGUUGUUCGAAAGUGCUGGUUCACUUAAACAAGUUUCUUCAGGACGGGCCAAGUGUAACGCAGAGAAACUAUUUUUGAGCUGCUUGGUUUGAUACCAGAAAUACUCAAGUCAAGACA